AUGGCGAGCUACUUCGAUCCUUCGGCCCUGACCAUCUACGAUCUCAGCCAGCAUGACACCGUCACGCAAGGCGUCGUGUUUAAUAAUCUUGUGUGCAUGGCUGUAGUGGUAUCAGUGAUCACACUACGAAUAUAUGUCCGACAUUCCAUAAAGCAUGCUGCCGGUUCAGACGAUUAUUUUGCUGCCGCCGCUGCCGCAUCUGCGAUAGUCCUGUCAACUUGCUGCCUCUUCGCUGCGGCUCAGGGCCUGGGAAAGCAUAUCUGGGACCUUGGUAUCGACAGCUCGACCUCUUCUCACAAUGCUUCGCUGCGUAUCAGCAUUCCACUCUACAUCUGCUAUCUCAGCUACCUCGCUGCCAACACUUUCAUCAAAUGCUCCAUCCUUGCGUCCUACUAUAGGCUCUUUCCCGGCCAGAUGUUUCGCAGAUUCUUAUUGGUUCUUGGUGGCUUGGUGGCGGCGACCUGCGUUUCCUCCAUUCUCGUUGGUAUCUUUGAGUGCUACCCGGUAAAGAGUUCGUGGGAUUGGUUCAGCCCAAGGGAGAAUUGUAUCGACAUUCUUCGAUUCUUCGUCGUCAGCUCCUGGAUCAGCACUAUUACGGAUAUCAUUAUAUGGUGUUGCCCUUUCCCACAGUUCUUCAGAUUACAGAUGAAGCCAAGACGCAAACUCCAGCUCAUUCUCCUUUUUGGUGCAGGUGCUUUUGCCUUCGUUGCUGGUAUACUCCGUCUUGCCCGGCUUGAUGGGCUCCGCUCGGUAGACAUUACAUAUACUGGUGUGUCUCCGAUCAACUGGUCGGUGGCGGAAGUCAGCACCGCAAUCGUUUGUGCGAGUGUUCCGAGCUUGCGGCCCCUGGCAGUACGCUUCUUCCCGUCGUCCUGGCAGAGUGGCCCCGUCUCUUCUCCCGAAUCGGCAGGACCGCGUGUGAUGGACAAGGCAUCCGGAAGCUCGCGGGGUGGAAGUCCAUAUUGCGGGCGAAACAUCUAUUUGGACGAUCUGGAAUCACAACAAUCAACGUCACUGUACUCAACCACCCCUGACAGAGCAUUACGAGGGUAUCGGAUGUAG